AUGGACCUUUUCUCUCUCAUAGGAACUACAGCCCUCGUAACGGGUGGCACCCGUGGUAUUGGCCAGGCUAUGGCCAUUGCGAUGGCCGAAGCUGGAGCAGAUAUUGUUCUUGUCCAGAGAGACACCAGCAACCAAGAGACGAAAUCUCAGAUUGAGAACCUCGGGCGAACAGCGACCAUUUAUACUGCUGAUCUUUCAUCGCAGGCGGAGGUGUCGCAGCUCGUCUCCGGCGUAUUGAAGGGUGGCCACGACAUCAACAUUCUUUUGAACUGCGCCGGAAUUCAGCGCCGACACCCCAGCCAUGUUCUCCAAGUCAACCUCACCACGGUGUUUACCCUCUGUCGCGACGUCGGCGCGCAUAUGCUAACACGCACUCCCGACCGGGCGGGUCAACGCGGUAGCAUUAUCAAUGUCGCAUCUCUGGUCUCCUUUCAAGGAGGUCUCACUGUUCCUGCCUACGCAGCAGCGAAAGGUGGCGUGGCACAACUCACCAAGGCAUUGUCAAACGAGUGGGCGGCGAAAGGAAUCAAUGUCAAUGCCAUUGCGCCGGGCUAUGUCGCGACCGAUAUGAACACAGCGUUGAUCCAAGACAAGGAACGUGCCGCUAGUAUUCUAGCCAGAAUCCCUGCUGGACGAUGGAGCAAUCCGGAUGACUUCAAGGGGUCAGUGGUGUACUUGGCCAGUCGGGCGAGCGCAUAUGUGAGCGGAGAGGUGUUGACAGUGGAUGGAGGGUGGAUGGGACGCUAG